GUUGAGGGUGGACUGAAGAUGAAAUUCAUUCCGUGGACGGCAGAAGAUUGUGCUUGCAGCGGGGAAAUACGAAUCGCAUAAGGACUAUUUCGUUCGAAUGUGCUGUUUCUAGAACAUAGGGCCCGUGAUUUUGGAGACCUGCACAAUUUUGACAUUUCAGUGCGCGCGUGGGCGUAUUAAUUUAUGCAAAUCGGAAUAUUAGCUGAAAAUAUUUUUAGCUGAUUUUUCUGUUUUUUGGAAGAUUUUUCUGUUUUCUUCUAUUUGAUUUGGAAUCAUGAAGCAAUCUUGCAAGAGGAUAGAUUUAUUGCUACUGUUUUUAACAGCAUCCCAAAUUUUAUUGGUGGCAUGUAUGGAGCCGAAACUCGAAAUCUCUCCCUCCCAGAGUUCCUUAACCACCCCCGCAGGCAGACCCUAUGGAAUGAUGUGCAGAGGGAAAGCAGAGGAUGCAGAUGAAGGGACGUUCACAGAAAUGAAAUGGAUCAACCCUCGAGGAGAAAUCAUUCCUUUUGGCACUCCUGGCGUGAAAGAAUUUGGCAACAGUGGCUUAAAACUAUCUUUUGUGGAUCCUAAAAUAGAGGAUAGUGGUGUUUACAAAUGCACAGCACUGUACAGUAAUACUCAAACUAUGGAGGUACAAGUGGAUAUAAGUUUUUUCGAUGACAUACAAUUUGAGGAUUGUGCUGAACUCCAGAAUUUAGUGGAAGGCAAGGAAGGCAGGAUUAAUUGCAAGCCCCACGGUAAUCCCCAACCAAGUAUCAACUGGGAAAAGAACAAACAGAAAGUUAAGACCGAUCGUGUUUCCAUCACACCCGCUGGAAUUGUCAUACCUAAAGUAUCUGCUGAGGAUGCUGGGAUUUAUACUGUGGAAGCUUUCGUUUUCGACACUGGAAGGAACAAGUACAAAAACAUCACAGUUAAUGUUCUAACUCCUCCCAGAAUUAUUGAAAUUCCUGAAGAAUUUGUAGCCAUUCAAGGAGAGGAAUACACAAUCACAUGCAGAGCUGAUGGAUCGAACCCACUCACCUACACUUGGCUAGAUCCGCAACUACGAGAUUUGAGCACAGUCGAAGGUUUUAGAGUAAAUGAAGGAAUGUUGACCAUUUUACGAGUUGACAGACACGCCGGUGGAGAAUACAAAUGUAAAGUCAAAAAUCCUGCUGACGAAGAUGAGGCAUCUGUGGUUUUAACUGUGCAAGUUCGACCAAGUAUUGUGCAACUUGACAAUCUGACCAAGGAGGAGGGAAAAGUGGCGACAAUAGAAUGUAAAGCUGACGGUGUUCCAGUGCCGUCUCUGACAAUCAGGAAAGACAAUGCUUAUCAUCCUUUACAAGAUGGAGAAGAUGACCGAAUAGAAAUCGAAGAACUGGACGCAGGAGAAUACAGAAUAUUGAGAGUUCGCAUCAUCAAUGUGAAACGUCAAGAUGAUGGGCUAUACUUUUGCAAAGCUUCAAAUGCAGCAGGUGAAACCGAAAGAGCGGGUCACAUAGAAGUUCAAUAUCGUCCAGAUAUGAGUUUGACUCCAGCAACUGUAGUAAAAGCAUGGUCGGGUAAACCAGCAAAUCUUUCUUGCAUAGCCCAAGCUAAUCCAAACGCAACAAUCACGUGGAAAUUCCAAAAUGAACCUAUUGAAAUUGGAGAUGACAGAUUCCAAAUUCAAGGAACUGUAUCCUACAGUAGUCUUCUGGUCCUAACAGAAAACAGGGCACAAUAUGAUGUAUUUGGAGUUUAUACUUGUGAAGCUAAAAAUGGUUUAGGAGAUAAUUUUACAAAUAUUAACUUAGAAGAAGCCACUGCCCCUGGUCAAGUAACCCAAAUAGUGUUUGAUAAAGUGACAUCCACAACAAUAACAUUCAGGCUGAUGGGACCGGGCAACACAGGAGGAUUACCUAUCACUCAUUACAUCAUGAAAUACAAGAAUGCCAAUGAACCAGAUCAUACUACAACCACUGUUGAAUGGAUUAAAGAUGCUCCAUAUAUUCUGAGUGAUUUAAAACCUCGUGCAAAGUACCAGUUCAGAGUAACAGCUCGCAAUGUUGUUGGUGAGGGACCUGAGAAAACAACAGAGUACAUAAUGCCUGAAGAAACAGUGCCUGAACCUCCCAUUAUCGUCACAGAACAAGAAACUGUGUCCAGUUACCCAGACAGAUUUGAAGUGAGGUGGGAUGUGCCAAAUGAUAACGGAGAACCCAUCAACCAUUUUGAAAUCAGAUUCUUCAAGGUUGAGAGAGACAUCAAAGGCUGGGUACAGAUGGACAAAGCUGUGGAAAGGAGUGUACGAAACUGGGAGAGCAAACCAGCUUUUGAACUAUCUGGACUACACCCAGAUACAUACUACAAAAUAGAAAUCAGAGCAAACAACAAAAUAGGAAACAGUCUACCUGAAACAGUAAUCUUUAAGACAAGAACAGUCUUUACAAUUCCAGGUGAAGUGAAUAAUGGUCACAUAAGCACUUUGGAUGAACCAGUUGUAUCCCUACCAAUCAUCAUAGCUAUUGUUUUAGUGGCUCUCUUUGUUACACUAGUCAUUUUAGAUGUCACAUGCUUUUUCCGUUUCCAUUGUGGUCUUCUUUAUCUUAUGCGGUAUCGAACUUGUGGCAGGACUCCAGAAAAAAUUCAAAAGAGUCUAGAAGAUGGCAGAGCUUGUGUUAAGGAAGUUUCCACAGCAAAUAAUGGAAAGAUAAAAUCAGAUUUGCGUUCACCCUCAUCGCCUGAUCAGCUGCCACCACCCGACAAAAUUUCCAAUUAUGAAGAAAAGCCUAAAAAUGAAGUGGAUAACCCAGCAUUUGAGAACAGCAACACUAGACCAGCUGAUCUCAUAAUAGACGAAAAUUAUAAAAACAAAUCCCCUAAAGGCUCCAAAACAAGUAUUGGAAAAAGCAGUCCUGUGUAAAAAGAAAUAAGUGCUUCAUGGAACAAAAAGAAAGAUAUAAAAUUAAAAAGACUAUCUCACCACAAAGUAAAACAUUCAGGAGUCUGUGAAUUAAUUGAUGUUCCCAAAAGUCAACUUUGCUACUUCAAAUGUCUUUGAUUUAGUGCAGCGUUUACUUAAAGCAAAAACAUUCAAAUUGAACAUUUGUAACUGAAUGUUUUUGCACACAAUUUGCCUUUUGCUUUUUCAAAAAUGAUAAAAAGAAACUUUUGACGGUGAGAACUAGUUGCAAAUAUGGCAGAACUAAUGAAGGACAGUUUUUUAAAAAAAAACAUUGAUGACUGUUCCAAUGUGGAAGUUCGAGAAAAGGAUCAAAAAGGGCUGAGACUAUUCUCGGUUCGCAACUGUCAUUCUUUAUUUCCAAUGUUCUUGCAUGUUUUAAAAUCGUCUGCGGUAAAACUCUGCCAUAUUUCUCAAAAGGACGUUGCAUUCUAUUCACUGUGAAUAACAAGUCUCUGUUAUAAAAUGUGUUUCGAAAUCUAAAAAGAAUGGAUUAUGAAAGGGGGGAGCAAUUCGAUGUGAGUGAUUAUUUGGAAUUUUCGGAGGACUGAGGUAUUGAGCUUUUUCAUGUUCGUUUUUUGAAAAAAUAUGAGUGACCUAGUUCCUUUUUCACAGCUUUAGAACAUUUUUGUCCAAUGCAUUUUUUAUCUUUAAACUCUUAUUUUUUAGUUUAAGUCAUUCCAUGUUUGUUGUGUUGAUUAUUUUAAAUAAGUUUUGAUGUCAUUCUUACUAUAUGCAAAGAGCUCUAGACUAGUAAUUGCGAAUAGUAGCCACUGGUUACCAGAGUCAUAAAAAUGGAAGCCACAUUUAUAUAAGUAUUUGCACACCACCCAGGUUGUUGAUUAACUUGAUAUAAAUUAAGUUUUUCAUUUCAAGGAAUUUUUUAAAGCUGUAUUAAAUUUGUUUUGCAACAAACAAUAAAUUGACAGUUCUUUUCAAUUUCUAUCAAAAAGUUAUUUAAACGCACGAUUUAUUUGAUAUUCGCGUGUCAUACUAUCGCAUCAAAAAUAUUGGAAUUUUAAAAAAUAUGUGCAAGAAAAAAUUCCGGAAAAACGAUCAAAAUUGGAUGUAAAUUUACGAUGGAAUCGCCGAAACACACACAUAUUUUAUUCUUUUAUAUUAGACCCGUAACAUGGUUGCGACUAGAGAUUGACACUUUAGUAGCCAUUUCAUAUGUAAUGGUCGUCCUUUGGCAGCUGGCGACCGCUAAUCUAGAGCUCUAUUAAGCGAGACACUUGUGUAGUAUACAAAAGUUUUUGCAACGUUUAGCUAUUUUGUUCAUUGAAUGUAACUUUGCAAAGAUUAUAUAUACAUACUUGAAAUAUAUUAUAUAAACAUAUAAUUUUGUAUGAAGAAAAACAAGUUUGAUGGCUCCUAGUUACCUUUGUAAUUAAGAAAAAAAAUAGAUGUUUCUACGAUUUAGUGUUAUUAUAAGUAAUGGAGUGGCAUCCUACUUACAAUGUGAUCUCAUUGGUGCCGGAUGAAAAAGAUUUCAAAUGUAUUGAAUUGAAGUGAAAUGGUGUUUAAAAAUGGUUACUAAUAUUUCUCCCCAUUUCUCUUGUAAUUUAAUAAAUGGCUUGGAUAUUUUUGUCAUAUGUUUAGCAGCGAGCUUUAAAUUUAUAGAUUUUAAAUUUAAAAAUGCUUUUUGCAUACAAAUUGAUUUUAUAAAUUAAGGAGAGUGCUUUUUAAAAUUUGUUUUACAAUUUGAACCAUUAGGCUUAAUUUGUAAUAAAUUUAAAGCUCGUUUCAAAAUGAGAGGUGUGAAUGUGUAUGUAAAAUUCUUUUUACUGCUUUUUGGCUUUCCAGCUGUGAUGUGUGCAUGAUGGAAUGUAUGAAAUAAACAUUCUCAAAUCGUAA